UAUUUCAAUGGGACCAUUUGAACCUGAUAUCUCGGUCAGCUUGCUUGCUGUGAUACUUAUUUUCUGUGGACUAGUCCUGGUGGCAGUCUUUCUCUUUGUGUUCUGGAAGCUCUGCUGGGUGCCCUGGAAAAACAAGGUUCUCACUAACACCUCAGUUCCUGGGGACACAGUCAACAUCGCAGCCGCUGACCACAGCAAGGAGAUGACGGACAAACCCAAGGAGUCCCCAUCCAUGAGUAUCUUGGAAGCAGCCAUGAAGAUCAGCCACACAUCUCCUGAUAUUCCAGCGGAUGUCCAGAUGUCAAUGAAGGAUCACAUCCUGCGCCACGCACGAAUACAGAGACAGACAACAGAGCCAGCCUCAUCUUCCAGGCACAGCUCUUUUAAGCGACACUUGCCAAGGCAGAUGCAUGUGUCCAGUGUUGAUUUCAGCACUGACUCCUUACCAUACAAAGAACAGGCCACAAGCAUUGGACGGAUCAAACCAGAGCUCUACAAACAGAAAUCUAUGGACUCUGAAGAUACAAAGAAAGAAGCUGGGAAAACCUGCGGGAAAAUCAACUUCACGCUAAAAUACGACUAUGAGAAUGAAAUGCUGAUUGUUACAAUCCUCAAGGCCUUUGACCUGCCUGCAAAGGACUUUUGUGGAAGCUCGGACCCAUAUGUAAAAAUUUACCUUCUACCCGAUCGGAAAAGGAAGUUCCAGACUCGAGUUCACAGAAAGACACUUAAUCCUACAUUCGACGAAAGUUUCCAGUUUCCAGUGUCAUACGAGGAACUCACCAACAGAAAGCUACACUUGAGCGUGUAUGACUUUGACAGGUUCUCCAGACAUGACAUGAUUGGGGAGGUGAUUUUAGAGAACCUGUUUGAGGCCUCUGAUCUCUCCAGGGAUACCUCUAUCUGGAAGGACAUUCAGUAUGCCACAACUGAAAGUGUGGACUUGGGGGAAAUCAUGUUUUCUCUCUGCUACUUGCCUACUGCUGGGCGCCUGACGUUAACAGUCAUCAAAUGCAGGAAUCUCAAAGCCAUGGACAUCACUGGAUACUCCGAUCCAUAUGUUAAGGUUUCUUUGCUAUGUGAAGGACGGCGACUAAAAAAGAAGAAAACAACCAUAAAGAAAAACACAUUAAAUCCUACUUACAACGAGGCAAUUAUCUUCGACAUUCCUCCUGAGAACAUGGAUCAGGUCAGCCUUCUCAUCUCAGUCAUGGACUAUGAUCGUGUUGGACAUAAUGAGAUCAUUGGAGUUUGUCGCGUGGGUGUCAAUGCUGAAGGCUUAGGGAGGGACCAUUGGAACGAGAUGCUGGCAUAUCCACGCAAGCCAAUUGCACAUUGGCACCCGUUGGUUGAGGCUGUGAGUGAAGGCACACUUGCAGGGGAAGGAAGCGGUUGUGAAGGGUAUAGUGGUACCUCCUGCCCAUUGCUGUGGCAAGGCCGCACUGCCAGCUUUGACAGCCAAGGGUCUUGUCCAUCUCCUAAACCUCCAUCAACACCAUGAAUUCCAGUGCAGAGAGUUCUGUGGAUUGUUUGGUGUUCUGAACAUAAUGUAAUGUUAGUAGUUCAGUCUCUUUCCUCACAGGAAAAUUGCAUUAUACUCAGCAAAAUGACACAAGUAUCACAGAGAUAGAUUGUCCCUACUUGGAUAGAAGGCAAAUCCAAAAUUUGGGGGACUUUCAUAAGUUGUGUAUGAAGGAGACAGGAUUAUGAUAGUGGUGGUGUAAAUAAGAGAAAGGCUCAAGGGACUGUGUUUGCAGCAAGGAAGAUAAAUUUGAACCAAAUGUUUGCCAGUUUAUGAGUGAAAAUUUAACUCAUCUGUGUAUCAGCAGCUUAAACCAAUUCACAAUUAAGAAAAAGCUGCCUGAAGCCGGCCUGUUGUAAAACGUGCAUUCAUAUUUUUCUUGUUCUGCAUUCAUUACAGUUUCUCAGUUCUAAAAGAGAUGAAGCUGAAGACUUAUGAUAUCAAAACUUGUAAUAGUUCACCAACUUCAGGCUAUGAAAAUAGUUGUCAAGCAACUAAAUUUUCAAUGCCUUUAUUGUCUAGAUGAACACCUGAUUUAAAAAAUAACUAUCACAAUUUUCAUUUGGCAAAAUCAUACCUAAAAGAUGACACUUUCCAAGUACAACAUCAAAGAAAGCAAAGAGACACACUUUAAUGAAAUACUGGUAUUCUGGAAGAAUUGUGCACCUUUGAUGGAACAAACCUGGAUAAGGACCUGAUAAAAUUAACAAAUCAAGAAAUUAAAGGAAUAUUUCUUCAGGAGUAAUACGGUCCUUAUCUCCUUAGCCUUUGCCCAUCUCCAAGUAAGGUGGAACACGCUGCUGUGUGUCAAUCAAUGUCAUGAGUUUGUUCAAUGAAGAGGGGUUGCUCGUUACCAUUGAUUUGAGUCCACAGGCUGAGAUCCUGCCAUGUGAAAACUGGUGUGAUGUCCUAAAGCAGAGAUUAGAGCCAAAGAGUCAUAGAGUUAAAGAAAAAUACAGCACAGAAGCAAGCCUUUCAACCCAUCUAGUCCAUGCUGAACCAUUUAAGCUGACUACUCCCAUCAACCUGCACCCAGAACACAGCCCUCCAUACUUCAGCCAUCCAUGGACUUAUCCAAACUUCUCAUAAACUUUGAAAUCGAGCUUGCAUGCAGCACUUGCGCUGGCAGCUCAUUUCACAGGCUCACAACCCUCCGAGUGAAGAAGUUUCCCUUAGUGUUCCCCUUACAAUUCUCACCUUUCACCCUUAACCCAUGACCUCUAGUUGUAGUCCUACCUAACCUCCUAACCAUUUUUAUGCCAUGAAGCCCUACCAUUAAGUGAGGGUCCGUGGACCCCAGUUUGGGAACCCCUACCCUAAAGUUUAAGUUCAGGGAAGGUAGCGGGAACGGUGCAACAUUCUGUAUCA